AUGGCGGAACCAUCGGAAGAAUCUACAACAUCGGCAGCGGCCGUGGUAGCGCCCACGAGCCUCACGGAGGGGAACAAGUUCAAGCAUGCCAUUUCGGCGUGGCGAAGCGUCGACCUAACGACCUUGUCCGCGAAUCUCGACGACGUCGCAUCCGUGAUUGUGACCUAUCAGCGCGACUCUCCCGUCCAACGCAAGGACCUGGCGCAGAGGACGAAGGAGUUCAGGAAACUAGACGACGCGACCAAACUGAGCGAGUUCAAGGGACUUCUGAAAGCCUACCAAACAUUCAUCGAUCUUCUGGCAAAUCACUCCAGAACGGUCAACUCUGCCUUCUUGCAGGCGUACACGUCGAUAUCGAAUGCCCCCGACCCAUACCCCCUCCUUGAAGCUUCGGUAGAUGCCAUGCUUAUUUCGGAGGACACGCUGCCGAAGCUCACCGAAGAGAACCAACACCUUCAAGAUAGUGUGUCAAAGCUUACUGCCCAGUUGGAAGAGGCUGAAUCCAAGCUCCAGACGGAGCGCGCGGCGCGAAUGGAACUGGAGGAAAAGCUCGACGCUCGAGUCAAGGACGUUGAGGCUUCGUGGGCAGCCGUCUUGGACGAGCGAAAGGAUAACUGGGAAGCCAAGGAGAAGAGCCUGGAAAGCAAGGUGGAGACGCAAGAACGUCUCUUGAGCGAAAUGCGUGCCAGCUACGAAGUCAAUCAGAGGCUGGGGAGGAAUGGGGAAGAAUUGGAAGCCAAGCGCGGCGAGGUUCGCAGUGCUGAGCUGGAGAUGCUUCACUCGGACCUUGAGCGGACUAGCUCUAGGCUGGCCGAUGUUGAAGCACGAAACGAGCAAAUGAGACUGGAGUUGGCUCAGGUCAAGUCCUCGGUGCCAUCUCAAGCCUCGAAAACUCUGGAAGACGACCCCGGCUACAUGCGGGUGCGGUCCGAGAAUUCUUCGCUGAUUCGCAAGCUCGACACGACCCGAAUGGAAAAGGAGAACCUCAAGCGAAAUCUGGACACUCGUUUACGGUCAUUGGAGCGCGAAGUGACGCUGCUUAGCAACGAAAGGGAGUCCCUCAAGGCCAAGGUAAAACAGUACGGUGAUUACGAUGAAAUCAAGCAGGAGCUCGAGAUUCUCAAGAGCAUCGAGUUCUUCACCGGAGACGAUGACGAUGGUCGUGAGCUUCAUGGGGGCGCUGGAAAGGGCGAGACAUUGGAGAAGCUGCUGAUGUCGAGGAACAAGCGGCUGGGCGACGAGCUCACCGUUCUUCGUGUGUCUCAUCAGGAGCUUCAAUCUAGGCUGGAGGAUCUGCAGGACGAACUUUCGAGGACGAACGCCGAACUCGAAAAAUCUCACAACCUCAAUGAGAAACUCGAGGGCGAUCUCGAGAGCAUGCAUGCCGAAGGGGCGAAUGCUUUCCCGUCAGGUGCGUCGGUUGCCGGCACAUACAUAGCCCGGGCGCAAAAUCGAAGGGGCGGCCGGGUCUCCCCAACCUCGUCCAUCAUCAGCGGCAUGGAUCCACGAAUGGGUCCAAGCGAACGGGAACCGAUGGGGGGUGGCUCAGGUAUCCUACCCAUGGUCACGGCCCAGCGGGAUCGGUUCAAGCAGAAGAUUGUGCAGCUGGAACAGGAGUUGUCCGAGACGCACCGGACAUUACAGCAGGUGCGUCAUGAAGUGGCCGCGUUGCAGAAGGACAACCUGAACCUGUACGAGAAAACCCGAUAUGUGUCGACGUACAAUCGGGGAGGUGCGAUGACAUCGUCGUCAUCAGCACAUGCAUCGAACCCCAACCCUUCGUCCGUGUCGAUGUCGGCGAACAAUGGCUCCGGCACAUCGCUGGACCGAUACAAAAAGGCGUACGAGACGAACAUAUCGCCAUUCGCGGCCUUUAGAGGCAGGGAAUCCGCGAGGGCCUAUCGACGGAUGAGCUUUCCAGAACGGGUCGUCUAUUCCAUCACGCGGAUGGUACUGGCAUCCCGGGCGAGCAGGAAUCUGUUUGCAAUGUACUGCGUGGCCUUGCACGUCGUCGUCUUCUUCUCCCUCUACUGGCUGGGAAGUGCAGACUUGGAAAGGCAUGUUAGCAAUCUCGGACAUGCUGCUGCAGCGGCGGGUCAAGGAAGCUCGGCGCAUGGAGAGCCGAACCGCGGGAAGUGGGAAGCGGAUGGGUUCAACGGGUAA